UCGGUUUAUUUAUCGUUCAAUUGUAUAACCUUACACAGUGGUGAAUGUUGAUCAACACACCUCCGUCUAGCUCGUCGAUAAAAUUCGAUUCAUUACAUUGUGUCCGCUAUUUAUAUUGCAUACUCUGGUUGUGUUAAAAGUUUCUUUUGCAACACUGCGAAAUCUGUGAUUGUUAUCGAAAUUGAAUUCAUCGUAGUCUAAAAAUGCCUCCCAAAGGAAAGCGAAACAAAAAUCAAGGAAAGAAACAAAGCAACAAAUCCGACGAGAUAAUUCGCAAAUUGUGCGAUUGUGAGGCAACCGAGCAUCCUCUGGUCAACAAUUGCAUCAAUUGUGGUCGAAUUGUUUGCAGCAGCGAAGGCCCAGGAGAAUGUUUCUUCUGUGGAGAAGUGGUCACUUACAGUGACUAUUCUUUACCACCUGGUGUAUCUAAAGAAUUUGACUAUCUCGAUGAAAAGUACAAAGUUCCCAAGGAUGCGAAACAGACUCAAAAGUCAUUGGAGCUGAGAGACAGAUUAUUGGAGUUCGAUCAAAAUUGUGCUAGUCGCACCAGUGUUAUAGACGAUGAAAGCGAUUGGUUUCAAUCCACCAAUACGUGGAUGACCAAAGAGGAGCGUGAAAAAUGGAAGAAAAUGGAAUCUAAUAUGCAGGAAAUGAAGCACCUGUCACGACUGCAUCAAAAAUUAUCUGUUGAUAUGAUGGGUCGAGUUAUAGAAGAAAGACAAGACCCAAUGGAGCUUUACAAUAAAAUGAAUUCAAUUAGGGAUACUAGAAAUCAAGAUAAAAAUGAUAGUAGUAUUAGCAAAACACUUGCUGAAUCUAAUUCUAAUGCCAAAAAAUUUGAAGGUCCAAUAUACGUAAAUCAUAUUCAAAAAUCAGGUAUAGUUCCAAAAGCUGUAGAUGAUCAUUUUAUUAAUAACCGUGUCCAAGACAAAGGUUUGUUAGAAAUAUCUGACCAAGGUGUAUGUCUCAGCAUGCAUCAACCAUAUGCAUCUUUACUUGUUAGGGGAAUAAAAAAAACUGAAGGUCGAACAUGGUAUACUGCUCAUAGAGGUAGACUAUGGAUAGCUUCUGCUUCAAAAAAUCCAAAUGAACAAGAAAUUGCAAAUGUAGAAGGAAUGUAUAAACUCAAGGGUGAAAAUGAAAUGUAUUUUCCUAAAUCAUAUCCAACUGGUUGUCUUCUUGGUUGCGUUACUGUAACUGAUGUUUUGUCACAAGAAGAGUACAACAAACUUCAUCCAGAUGAUAAACUUGAUAGUCCUUACAUAUUCAUUUGUGAUAACUUUUUUGAACUGCCUGUAAAAUAUCCAUUACAGGGACAACACAAAAUUUACAAGCUUGAACCUGUAUUACAUCGUGCUGCACUAACAUGUCUAGAGAGAACAUGUCUUGAAAUGUCAAAAAGAAAUUCUUAAGAAAUAUUAUUUGCAUUUUAUAUCAAUGUAAAUUUCA